AUGGAGUUCCUGUUCGGCCGCCGGAAGACGCCCGCCGAGCUGCUCCGGCAAAACCAGCGGGCCCUCAACAAGGCAAUUCGCGAGCUCGACCGCGAGAAGAGCCGCAUGGAGAUGCAGGAGAAGAAGGUGAUCGCCGAGAUCAAGAAGAUGGCCAAGAUGAACCAGAUGAUGAACCUCCCGCAAAUCCAACAGAUCAUGAUGGAGUUCGAGAAGCAGAGCGAAAUCAUGGACAUGAAGGAAGAAAUCAUGGGCGACGCGAUUGAUGACGCGCUCGGCGACGCGGAAGACGAUGAGGAGAGCGAGGGCAUCGUUAAUCAGAUCCUUGACGAGCUCGGCAUCCAGAUGGGCGAAGAACUCGGCGGACUGCCGGCCCCGGGUGGAAAGAUUGGCACGGCAACAGGAGCAGCUGCAGCACGACAGCCGGUGGCGGCGGGCGGAAGCGGAGGCGGAGCGACCGGUGGUGCGGGGCACGACAUCGACGACGAUCUGCAGGCCCGGCUGGACCAGUUGAGACGAGAG